AUGGUCGUUGAGAAAGGAAACAAGAUUUUCAUUCCUGUAGACCAGCUUACCGCUACUGAGGUCGAGGUUGAGUGGGCCAAAUAUUCUUCCCGCCGUUCUGAACACUACUACGCUGUUUUAUUUUUCAACAUAGAUCAGAGUAACGAGGAGAGCGUCAUUUUCAUUCAGAAAAGCUAUCUCGAUACUCUGAAAAGCAAGCAACUCCCUGGAGAUGACUUGACCUUACUUGUUGAUGAUUCUUUCCAAUAUGGUCAGAACAAUGAGAAGACUAAGCGUUGGUUGGUAUUCCACAACAAGAGAAACGAAGCACUCGAGGUCAGGAAACAUAGGUUUGGGUAUUUUGCGCUAUAG